AUGGAGACCCCAUUUCCGUACGAGAGCUUCUUGAGUUCGCCCCCAUUUCGUUUCGCCGUAGGUCCUGAUAAGAAAGUAUUCUAUGUCCACUCGGCACUGGUCGCAAAGCAUUCCGACACCCUUGCUGCCCUUAUCACGAACGGCAUGAGGGAAUCGGAGCAGGGCCUUGCAGUAUUCGAUGAUAUCGACGAAGACACUUUCCUUCACUUCUUGGAAUUCGCAUACACGGGGGAAUAUACUGUCCCUCCGCCAGAAGUUAUCCCCGAACCCGUGAAAGAUAUUCCUGAUAAGCCUGACGAGAGUCCGCCCGCAGAAGAAUUCACAGAAUCAAGUCCCGAAGACCCUCAACCUGACCCUGCAGACGAGCUUAUAGAAGUACCUGCACCUGAGUCUGCAGACUAUCCUGAGGCAGAACCUGAACCCGUACCAGCAGAAGACAUCUGGAACGGACAUGACUGGGGAUGGGGACAUGCCAAGAAGAAGAAGGAAAAGAGUAAGAAGAAAUGGUUUGACGACCCGUCACCUGAGGUGCCAGAAGAUCAGCAUGCUCAAGUCCAGACACGCAACAAAGCAAAAAUUCGAUCUGAUCUUUGGCUAGAGUUCGAGGCUUCGGCUCAUGUCAAGAAAAUAACACCAUGGAGUCCAUACGUCAACGUUGAGCCCUGCGAAGAUUGCAGUGUUGUAUUCCUCUGCCAUGCCAAACUUUACGUUUUCUCGGACAGAUACACUAUCCCUCCGCUUCGAGAUCUCGUCUUGCAGAAGCUUCGCUUGACCUUAUCAAGAUAUAACCUGUUUGAGAGUCGCACAGAAGACGUCGUCCAGCUUGUAGGCUACACUUACAGGAACACAAUGGACAUGAGCCCCGAAAUGGACAAGUUGCGGGAAGUGGUCAUGGACUAUCUGGUCUGCCAUGUCGAGACAAUUGCGAAGGACAAGAAAUUCCUCAAGUUACUUGAAGGACUGGGUGCAUUAGCCAGAGACCUGGUUCUGAAGUUGUUGCCUCGGCUGAAUUAUGAUUGA